UCCCUUGGGCGCGGACGCCCUAGAUUGGUGCUUCUGGACAGAGGGGAGGGACUCCGGCUGCAGCCGCGGGAGGUCCGGACACUGGCGGCCAUGGAACUUGCCGGUAAUAGAGGACACAUCUCUUAACCGGGUUGCUCUAAGAACUGAUGCCUAAACCAUCUCAGCAUGGCCUAUAGAGGAGUAGGUGGGGAUGGCCAUCCUGCCUCAGCUACACUCUCUCGGGUUAGCCCUGGAAGUCUUUAUACAUGUAGAACCCAUACCCAUAAUAUAUGCAUGGUAUCUGACUUUUUCUACCCAAAUAUGGGAGGCGUGGAAAGCCACAUUUACCAGCUUUCUCAGUGCCUGAUUGAAAGAGGGCAUAAGGUUAUAAUUGUCACCCAUGCUUAUGGAAAUCGAAAAGGCAUCCGUUACCUCACUAAUGGCCUCAAAGUCUAUUACCUGCCUCUGAAAGUCAUGUACAACCAGUCUACAGCCACGACCCUCUUUCACAGUCUGCCAUUGCUCAGGUACAUAUUUGUUCGGGAGAGAGUCACGAUAAUCCAUUCACAUAGUUCUUUUUCUGCCAUGGCCCAUGAUGCUCUCUUCCACGCCAAGACAAUGGGGCUUCAGACAGUCUUCACGGACCAUUCCCUUUUUGGAUUUGCUGAUGUCAGCUCGGUGCUUACAAACAAGCUUCUAACUGUGUCUCUUUGUGAUACAAACCACAUCAUUUGUGUGUCUUAUACUAGUAAGGAAAAUACUGUACUAAGAGCAGCACUGAAUCCUGAAAUAGUGUCCGUCAUUCCUAAUGCUGUAGAUCCUACUGACUUCACUCCAGACCCAUUUAGAAGGCAUGAUAGUAUAACUAUUGUUGUUGUCAGCAGACUUGUUUACAGAAAAGGGACUGAUUUGCUUAGUGGUAUAAUACCUGAACUCUGUCAGAAAUAUCCAGAUUUAAAUUUCAUAAUUGGAGGAGAGGGACCAAAGAGAAUCGGUGUCUUGCCCAGAAUAAGUACCCAAUCAGUUUUGAAUCAAAUGGCAAUAAUUAUCAUGAUUAAGUUCAUUAAGGUUAUCACUACUAUGACAACAACAAUAACAAAACACAAGCGACUUUCGUUUGCAUUUGUUUAUAAAAUGUUCCUGCAGGAUCCGGUCGUCGCUUAUCAUGGGAUGGGUGAUGGGGUGAUAGGUGAAAGCACUUGGCUUCUCUCCCUCCAGGUAUAUGACCGGGUGUCAGUGGAAGCUGUGUUGCCAAUGGACAAACGACUGGACAGACUUAUCUCUCACUGCGGCCCAGUAACAGGCUACAUCUUUGCUUUGUUGGCUGUUUUCAACUUCCUCUUCCUCAUUUUCUUGAGAUGGAUGACUCCAGAUUCUGUCAUUGAUGUUGCAGUAGAUGCCACUGGGCCACGGGGUGCCUGGACUCAUAAAUAUUCUCACAGUAAAAGAAGGGGUCGGAAUAGUGAGAUAUCUAAAACUAGGUAGAAGAAAGCCUCGAUUGUGAGAUUUUAAACAUUUGUAAUAGCUCUAUUAAGACUAUGGAAAAUAACCUUGAUUUUGGGGGGUUUUUGUUUUUUUAAAGUUAAUUUAGUAAGUUACGCUACCUCUAUAUCAUUCAAUGUUUUCUGUUGAGGAAAGAUAAAAAAUUAUGCAAUUCCUGAGUGUAAAACUUCUUGCACUUACUUAAAAUUUAGGAGAGAACAUUUAAGCCACUCAGGUAUGAAAUUUUUCAGACUACUGAAAUCCCUGUAGCAGAGAUGUUUAACAUUAUAUUUUGAGAGCUUCGGGUGCUGAAGGGCCAAAUGUUUUCUGGGCAUUUUUUGGCCAGUUUUUAAUGCUGUACCAUUAGACACUCACCAGAUGUUUACAAGUUUUCUUUAGGGAAGUACAACAAUUAUAUGAACUAUUUUAAGUCAUGUUCAUAUACAUUUAUUAGACAUGUAAGUCAUGUCUUUAAGCAUUUAUUAGGUUCACUCAGUAGGUGUUACAUAUAAUUAACAGGCUCCUUGAGUAAGAUAGUCCAUCAGUUACCAGCACAUUUUGAGCACCUGCUCUGUGUAGAAUGUUGAACUAGAUGCUUCCUGCUGUUAAGGACCGGGGGUGUUUUCACUCUUUGUUUAUCAUUCAGAUGGCUUACUUAAUCGUAGUCAUGGUUAACAUGAGAUAGUUAAAUAUCCAACAUGCCAAAAAUGCUCAUGCCAGUUAAUGCCAGGAAAAAGAUCACCGACACACUACUAGUACUUCUUUGAUCCUGUUGUAUGCAUUCUCCUGGAUAGAGCCUUCAUCUUCAGUUGUGUUUAUGAAGAUAUUUUUUGCUUUUUAAAUACUGGGGACCGAGAUCACUGUUGAUAGUGCAGAGAAGCCCUCCAUAUUUGUCUGUGCAUAAUUGAGUUUUCUGUAAAUGCCUUCAUGUUUUCUGAGCAGAAUAUAUGAGGUAUGCCAUCCCAAAACCAGCUGCUACCCUGUCCUUUUAAUGUAAGUCACUCCCCUUCACUGUGGCCUCGCUGAUGUCUGAUAAGUAUUGUCAGUGUGCAGAAGGCUUUAUUUCAGAAUGUUUUAUUUAUAGCAAACCAAGUUGAAAAUUUUAGGAACAGUCUUUGUGGGUGUAUGUUAUUAACUGUAAUUAUUGUUGCCCAGAGCCAUGGGUUUUUUAACCCCAAAUUAUCCACAUGGUGUGUAUUAUUAAUUCUUUGAACUCUUGAGGUUUUUGCGAGAAAAGAACUGUGAAUUCAAAAUAAUGAGGCACUUGUGCGUGCACUACAUAGAUUCUGACAGUGUUGUGAUUCUGUAUAGGAUUUUUUUAAAUGAUAACAUUCACAAAAUUUAUUACUUUUUAAAAAAUAACAUGUCUAUUAACUGGUUGCACUGAUAUAAAAGAAAUAUAUUUGUGUUCUGUUUGUACUAAAACGCAAAAGCAAGAGUGCAAUUUUUAAAAUCUAGAAGUUAGGGAUUCUUUUGUUGGGGAAAAAUGGACUGAUCUAAACCAUUCAGUCUUACUGGGAUUUUUAUGCAUAGAAACUCACAUAUAAACAUGAAAUAAACAGUGCCAAUA